AGCGCCCAGGAGCGGGGUUGCGCAGAGAGGCCUGAGCAGGGAGGGCCUGGGUCGGCAGUGCCGGCUUCGGUUUCUGGUGGAGGCUGGGUCUCUGCCACUGAACCCGGGAAGAUGGUGCUGGGUGGUUGCCCGGUGAGUUACUUACUUCUGUGCGGCCAGGCGGCUUUACUACUGGGGAAUCUCCUUCUGCUGCAUUGUGUCUCUCGGAGCCACUCACACAAUGCUACCGCUGAGCCCGAGCUCACAUCCGCUGGCGCCGCCCACCCGGAGGGCUCCGCCGGCGCUCCGAGCUGGGAAUAUGGCGACCCCCACUCUCCAGUCAUCCUUUGCUCAUACCUACCUGAUGAAUUUAUAGAAUGUGAAGACCCAGUGGAUCAUGUUGGAAAUGCAACCGCAUCCCAGGAACUUGGUUAUGGUUGUCUCAAGUUUGGUGGCCAGGCCUACAAUGAUGUGGAACACACUUCAGUCCAAUGCCGGGCCCUGGAUGGAAUUGAGUGUGCCAGUCCUAGGAUCUUCCUACGAGAAAAUAAACCUUGUAUAAAGUAUACCGGACACUACUUCAUAACCACUUUACUCUACUCUUUCUUCCUGGGAUGUUUUGGAGUGGAUCGUUUCUGCCUGGGACACACUGGCACAGCAGUAGGGAAGCUGUUGACACUUGGAGGACUUGGAAUUUGGUGGUUCGUUGACCUUAUUUUGCUCAUUACUGGUGGACUGAUGCCAAGUGAUGGUAGCAACUGGUGCACUGUUUACUAAAAAGAGACGCUGUUAUGGCUCAAGGAGGCAAGUGAAUGCACCAUCUUCUGAAUUCAUCUCAACAGGCUCAAGACUCUUCUUUGAUAUCAGACCUGAUCGUUAAUUUCCUUCUUUGGAGGGAAUGGGUUUGGUUAGGAAAGCUUCUUUGGACUUUGGAUUCUCAAACCAAAUUGUACCUUGCAGGUUAGAAAUGAGAAGCAGUGUUGUAAGAAGCAAGUUUCUACUUUCCUCAUAUACAAAAUAUAAAGGAUAGUCACUAACUUAGAAGCUGAGAAGAAAUCUCCCUACUCAUUAUUUUACAUUGCUGUAUCUUCAGCCCUUUGGAGCUAGUGGACCCAACAGGAUGAGCAAAGUACAUGUUUUUUGUGAUCCUGAGUCUUCAUGCAGAGGAAAUAUGAAGCUGAGCCAGUGACAGUCUUCAGCAAAAGUAGAAAUGGCCAUGGAUUUUAAUACUCACUGAAAUUCUUUCUGAAUUUACAUUGCAGAAUAAAUGUUGCCAACCUGGAAAGCUGUAUGGGUAUUUUCGGUAGGUAAAGUGAAACUCAAAAUUAAAUUUGUCUUGCUGAAAAGUAGGCAGUUGAAACAAACUACCCUAGUAUUAAACCUUUUUUUGUUGUCAUUAUUGGGCAUCAGAGGCAGUAUAUGCAGUAUGAAAAUUUGUACAUUCCAAUUAUGUUUUGAAAAGCAACAGUAUCAAACAUAUGCCUGAACUGAGCUAUUCCUCUUGGCAGAAUUUUCCUCUCUAAAAAUUAGAAUUUACCACUUUAUAAAGCCCAUGUUAUAGGCUGAUUAAAAAGAUUUCUUACGAGUAACUGUAAAACGAAUCUUGCCAAUAAAGAAAGAGUUCCAGGGGCCUACACUGGGGUUGAAUACUAGGGUAGAGUUAGUACCUGAGCACAUUCUCAGAGAAUAGGUGUGGUACCAAAAACUCUUACUGUGGGCUAUAGCAGUUAGUAAUAGAGAAAGAGAUAUUAGCCAAGCAUUUGCAUUCCCAAAUUGCUGUGAAUAAAAAGAAAUGUUCCAAAUUAUAAGUGGUUUUGAAAACUAGGUUUCCGUUCUUUGCAGUCUAAGUUGAAAAGAACUGUUAAACAUAAAAUAAAAGGUGGACUUUGUGGACAAGUCAAACUAUUUGGGAUUACUUAAAAUUUUGAGAAACAAUCAAGGUAGAACUGCUCAACGACGUUUAAGUCUCAUAAUAAUUGGCUUCAAGAACAAGAAUCACAGUUUAAAUCAUUUCUCUGCAUAUAGCUCUAUUUGUGGCAGCUUUCCUAAAAAUUUCAGCUUUCUUAUCCCUCAUUAAUGUGAUCUCAGUUAUUGUCUUAUUAAAUGGUAGCAAUUAUGUAAAAAAUUAAAAAUUCUGCACCAUAUUGGCCUUAACCUUGUUUAUAACAAUAAUAAUUGGUAGACUCCUAUUCAUAAUAUAUAUACUCUUAAAGCAAUAUUUUUUAAAUUGUGGCAGCUUUCAAAGAACUUGGACCCUCUCUCCAGAAAAUUCACAUAUACAUAAAAUUUUACGUAGAAUUUAAGAGGGGUCGAGGAUGCCAUAUUAAAACAUAAAUCUCCCUCUCAGGGAAGUCUGAAAAACAAAAUAAGAUGUUACUUCCUGCCUCAUCACACUUUUUUUGUUGUUUUUGUUGUUUUUGUUGUUGUUGUACUCUUCCAAAAGGUAUUCACAACCCCCACCAAAGCUGUUUUCUUAAAAAAAAAAAAAAAGGUACUAGCAGAUUUGAGACUUGAAAUCAUUAAUGUUGCCAGCAGGAAGAGCUCAAGAAAAAGGCUAAAAUUCUGUUGGUUAAGGAAGACACUGUUUUAUAGAAGAUAUUUUCACAGUCAGAAAAGUUGUGAGUUGUUUCCAUUGCUGGAGUGAUAAAUGAGAAUCAUUAGUAAUAUCCUCUGUGACAAUCCACAAUUGUCCAUUUCAGUUCAAAUUCUAAAAGAUGCCCAUCCCAUCCGCUAUAGCCACAAACUUUGGCCAAAGGUGAUAAAACCUGAAAAACUGAUUUGAGUAAAUGUGCAUUCUUAAAAAUUUUAUUUCCUUUGCACUGUAUAUUCAGGUUAUUUCUUAGCGUUUGCUAAGUAGAUCCUGUUUGUGUGUGUGUGUUAUAUCCAGUUUAUGGCUAUAGAGGAAUUUUUAAAUACUAGUGUCCGUCUGCCCAGAUUAAAUUAGAACCUACCUGUUUUUCAGCUGUUUCCUAUCUUUAAAUAAAAUUUUAAUCAGCUCCCAAACUUCCUCGACACCAUGUCCUUCUUCCACUUUGCUUAAUGAGGCUUUUUAGCAGCAGCCUAGCACCCCCAACUUAAUGAUCCCUGACCAUGUGGGUGUUUUCUAAAGCAUUCAUUUUUCUUUAUAAGAUAUCCUGAAACACCUUGCCAUCUUUGGCACAUCUUCAAUAAAAACCAGGUAGCAUAGCUUUGGUUUUGUAAGUUAGUCUCUCUUUAAAGCAUGAUGCUUAAUUGAUUAUUUCAGGUGUGACUGUCAGGAUCAAAGUUUGUCUUCCCCGACGAACCAUGAUGGAAAGGGAAUCAUUGUCCUUAACAGCUUCAGUAACAUCAGUUGUGGUGGUAACAGGUUGCCCAUUUAUGCUGACAAUCACAUCAUGGUCUCUCAACCCAGAGCUGGGAAGAAAAAUAAAAAGGGCCAUCAAACUAGAAGAGUUUUACUUAUUUUCAUCCAGAAUUUUAUGUCUAUCUCAUGGCGCUACUAUUUUGCUGGUGUUAAAUAUACAAACCAGGGAACCAGAGAUAACACUCAAUCCUUCCAAAUACGAAGACUGUUCUAAAAUAUGCUGUGAAAUCACCCGGAAGACAACAAUCCUAUUUACCUUAGUAAAAUUAACAUCCUACCAGAAUAUGUAAGUUCACUCCUCCCAUUGAAUUUUAAUCUGUUAAUCUCAGACAUCAAUGCACCUCAAGUGCACUCUGAGUCUUACCAGCAAAACUGAAAAGUCCAAGCAAUAUGUUUUGAAAGCAAAAGAAGGUGAAGGGAAGUUUGCAAAGUAAAGAGCAGAAAAAGCCGUUUAAACACGAACAGCUCAGGAGGAUGACUUGGGACAGUGGACCCAAAGAAACAACUUGAUUCAUGGUAAUUCUGUGACUGGGAAAAGAACAAGAAAGAAAUCUGCAUAUUAUUACUGAACACCUGCUGUGCACCAAAUAUGAGGAACUGCGGCUCAGUCAGGACAAAUGACCCACCCCGGCUCACACAGCUUGGAAGGGACCAAAGAAGGAUAUGACCAUUUUUUUUCUGAUUUGAAAACUUGGCAAGAUAAUGCCAAGGCUAAGAGCCAGUCCCUGCUCUGCGACUUACGUGUAACUCUACAAGUUAAUCAACCUCUCUGUACCCCACAGCUGCUUCUUCAGGAAAAUAAUACCUGUAUCGUAAGACUGUUGGGAACUCAAACAAGUAAUAUAAAACACUUAAAAUGGUACCUGAUCUAUAGUGUUUAAUAAGUGUGGGCUAUUAUUACUAUAAUUAUUAUCACCAUUAGUAGAUUUAAGUGGGGAUAAGUAGUACAAGCCAGAAAGAAAGGAUUUCAUAAUAAUUCUUACAUUUUCAGGUGCAUAAAAAUCACCUGGGAAUCUGUUAAAAAAUACAGAUUCUGAUGCAGUGGCUUUGGGGGCCUGUGAUUUCCUGCCUUUCUAACCCACUCCAAAUGAUGCUGCUGAUACUGCUGAUUUACUGACCAUGUUUUGAGCAGCAAGAACUUAGCUGGAAGAAAUAAUUUGGCCUUGAUCCAGAAGUUAAAAAUAAGGAAAGGGGGGAGGUCAGGGCAGGAACCAAGAAAGUUGAGAAAAGCCUGUGACAAGCCCAAUUUAGUAACAUGAGACCUGUCACUUAGAUUUUCUCAACGGUCAGUACCAUAUAUUUCUUUUCUCCUGGUAAAAGAGUUGACACAAUCAAAACAGAUUAAUGAGCUCUUGAAAACAAGCAAAAACUAAGAGCAAGGGUUACUGAAGAAGUACAAGAAGAAAGAGACCCAGGAGAAUUGUAUUUUGUAAUACAGGCUACCUCUUCUUGGUAAUUAGUAUAACUGUUUCAAAACAGUAAAAUCAGCAGAAGAACCUUCUUUGGGGGCUACUCUGACCUUUGGUUUACUACACAAGCCUUAGUUCUGGCCUUUGAUGCUGUCACCAGAUUUUAAAGAAAAAAGUGUUAUAAAAUAUCUAAAAUAUGUAUUAAAACUUAUUACUAUAAAAACAAUGGAUCCUUUCCUUUCCCUCUGGAUUCUUCAGAUUCUUAAUAAGUAAGGUAUUAAAAAGUAGAUUUGGAAUUCCUAGCAAAAUUAAUUUAAACAUGUUAUUAACUAUAUCAUGGGGGCUAUAGAAAAUCAUCCCCUCAAAAAAA